AUGCCUGCUGCGAUAGCCUCGCCAUACUGGUUUUCUGAGACUUUUGGCUUCAGUGAGGAAGGCUAUGACAAGACCAAGGAGAAGUUCGUUUUUGCAGACGAUGUACUGGAAAGCAAGGCCACUGGACGCCGCUUCCACGUAGGACCUUGGGCUCUGGCUUCGGUUCAAGAGCUUCGCACGCAGUGCGAGGGAAGAGGCACUGCGAGCGCUUUGGGUGGCCUGACAUUCAGUAAUGUUUGCGGAAAUGCGCAGACGUUGCACCGAGACCCCACGAACGUGGGAUCAGUCUUUCAGGUUGCUUCGCAGUUCAACUGCCUGGAAAUGAACGAGCCAGGGGCGCGGCCCGAAGACGGGGUGACCCGGUAUUACAGCGAUGCCACGCAGGGCCCCGCUUGUGCCAUCAGCUGCCCUGCGGGGACCGUGUUCCGGAACUACUUCGUGAACGGCAAGGGUCAAGGGCGUGGACAUCAGCUGGACGGCCUAGCGGACAUUGCAGAGCUUGUGGGGAACUCCAAGGAGAAGUACUGGCGGAUGGUGAACGGCUACUGCCUGCCGGUGGAUGCAAAAAGCAUCGGGCGGCUGAGCAGUCGCCUCAAAGAGGACGAGAAGCUUUCAGAUGAGCUCCGAAGCCGACUGCGCAUCGGAGUGCACUGGGAUACGGAGGUGGCCAAUAAGGAUCACCGAGUUUGCCAGGUCUUUUGCUCUGCGCUGCCCGUCGCCUAUGCGAAAAGCACUCGCUCUCAGGACUGGGAGGCCUUCGGCCGCCUUGUCCUUCAAGGAACCUUUGAAGCUACGUUAGCAGCCGGCGCGGUGCUGGCUGCCGAGCGGGGAACCCGCAUCAAAGUCUACCUAUCUGCGGUGGGUGGAGGUGCCUUUGGGAAUCGCACAGCCUGGAUUGUGGAAGCCAUCGACCGGGCGCUCCGGAUCCAUGCAGACUCACCCCUGGAUGUCAUGCUCGUGCACUUCGGCACAGUUCCACGAGGAGCUUAUGCAGACUUGGCCAAAGGUCGGAAGACACGACCGGCCCCGAAACCGGCACCAAAGGCAAAGCCUGAGCCCGAUCCUGCCGCAGCUGCGGAGACUGCAGAGCCUGUGGAGCCCGGAUCAGAGUCGAAGCCCGCUGACGCGCCUGCGCCUUCGCUGGAGCGCACGGAGAGCGGAGCCGUAUCGAUCUCCCGGGCCUUUGCCAAGAUAGACACCAACAAUGAUGGAGUCAUCAGUGAAGCUGAUAUGAAAUCGGUGUUGAAGGCGCUGGUACCAAGCCUGUCAGAUGAGGACAUCAAGGCCAUGUUUGUAGCAGCAGAUUCCAAUUCCGAUGGCGAGGUGCACUAUGCGGAGUUUGCAGCGUGGAUCACUAGUGAGGAUGCCUCCAGUGUAAUGGGACAUGUCUUGCAUCUGGCUAAGCCAGAGGCACCUGCAUCGUAG